GAAAAAAGUGCAGCUCCACCCCGAGGAAAACCGGGUCCGGGAGCAGAGCCCCAUCCAGGUUUGCAGCCGGGUGAGCAGGGGAAUGAAUGCGAGCGGCUGCUGGGAGCGGAGCGCUGCCCGACAUCUGCAGCCAGCGCCACCGGGCUCGGCCCAGCACUGCUGGGCUGGGCGAGGCGUGGGGCUCUAGGGAGCCUGUCCGUGGGGGCAGGGAGCACUCUGUGCCCUGGGGGGCAGCCAUGGGCUGCCGGAGGCUCCCCGGCCCCGUGCUGGCCCUGCUGCUGCUCCUGCGCCCGCCACCCUCGGCCGCCUGCCCGGCCGCCUGCCGCUGCUCCCCGGGAGAGGCGGACUGCAGCGAGCGGGGCCUUCUCGGGGUGCCCUGGAGCCUCUCGGCCAACACCAGCGCCCUGUGGCUCGGCUACAACUUCAUCACCGUGCUGGGACCCCGCUCCUUCCCCCCGCUGCCGGGGCUGCGGCUGCUCAGCCUGGCCCACAACCGCCUGGAGCUGAUCCACCCGCAGGCGCUGCUGGGACUCGGGGCGCUGCAGGAGCUGGACCUCAGCCACAACCACCUCAGCGUGCUCACCCCCGACACCUUCCUGCCCCUCACCAGCCUGGCCACGCUCAACCUGGUCAGCAACAGGCUGGAGCAGCUGGAGCCCGGGGUGCCGGGCGCCUUGCCCCAGCUCCGGGCACUUCUCCUGCAGGACAACCCCUGGGUGUGCAGCUGCAGCAUCCUGCCACUCUGGCGCUGGCUCAGCCACAACAGGGAGAAAGUGCGAGGUUCAGGCAGACGGAGCGCCGUGAGCUGGGGCCGCAGGGCUGCCGCGGGAGCUGCUGGCAAGCUUGAACCGCAGUGUGGAGCUGGGGUAGAGGUCAGUGCAACCAUCCAGAGCCAUUUCCCGUGGAGAAUUCCUGGCCAGGAGAGCUGCUGUGUGAGUGCUACAUGCUGGCCGUGGCCAUGUCCUGGGGAUGUUUCUGUGCAGGAGAGGUGGGAGCCGGGGUCUCGGCUGGCGGCACUCCACGGCUCCGGAGUACCGCGAGCUCAGGGGUGAGGGCUGCAGGGCGGGAGCUCUCCUGCUGCUGCCGGACCACGGACGGGACGAUGGGGGAGAGGGGAAGAGGGUCCAUCCCCGGCAAGGAGCAGAGCACACAUCUUCCAGCCCCUGCGGCAGACGGGAGGGUCACUCGGCACAGCAGGAACAUGUGCCCAACCUGCCACACCAGGAGCUGGCUGCUCCAGCUCCGCAGGACCGUGGAGCUCUCCAGGUGGUGGGAGACGCGGAGCACAUGUCUGAGGGGCUGUGUGUGCUCAGAAGGCUGCAGCCUGUGAGGUCAAGCACGUGCCUGUGGUCUGGCACCAACCCUUCCCUGCUACAGUGGGAGAGCAGGCACCAUGUGCCUUCUGCAGUCCUUUCCCCUUGCACGGAGCCAGUCAGUGGCAAUUCUGAUCAUUGUGGCACUGUUUGGAAGCAAUUAUCUCUGUACAGUGAAGUCCAAACCUUGUCCUGGUUCUGCCGUGCUUCCUGGGGCAUGAGUAUGGCAGCAGGCCUAGGAAGGGAGGGAGAUAUACAAUGGAGUCACUGUGUAUGGAUGAAGGAUGCUUUCCUCCCAUCUCACCCAGAAGAACCCAUCAGUGUCCCUUGAAAGGCAGUCCUGGCUGUGCCUUCCUACUGUGUUGGGUAAGGACUGAUGGCCCUCGGGGAGAAGGUCACACCACAGUGCUGACUGAGGGGUCAGAGAGGUUGAGCUGGCCAGUGAUGUCGGUGGGGUGAUACUGCUGCAACACACAAAUAGACAGACAAAGAGAAAGGAGUGUUAGGCAGUUCUGGCACUUGUCCCCACUGCCACUUCUAUCCCAUGUGUCCCUACAGGAUAUCUCUUGGGGGUGAAGCAACGCCCUGAAAGCUGCUGCUGGCUGAGGUCCCCUUCCCAGUGCCAUCCACGCUUGUGCAGAGGUCAUUGCAGACUCUCUCCAGGCACCCUGGAGCUGGGCAGAGGGGACACCCAGGAGCGUAGUGCAGCUUCUGCAGAGUGUGGCUGCCACGUCACCCGCUGAGCCAGGCCCUCUCUGCUCUGGGAGGGCUACAAAACAAAGCCUGUGACUCAUCAGCCCAGCCCACGCCUGAACCUGUGUUUGGAGGGUCUGGCUGGGUUUUGGCACCUCUCUGAUGCCAGAUCAAGCUGUGCUUCGAGGCCAGGGCGUUUUACCUCCUUGCUUGAAUGACCCUGCCGUGACUAUCCUUUCAUGCAGGUGAGAUGUGUGGGGUGGUUGGUUUGUGAUAAAGUGUGGUGUUGAUUGCUAAUGUGAAAAUACGACCUGUGCUGGGGACAUGGUCUGGAUUUGGGGUUCUGAGCUCCUUGCAGGUGGGGAGGCUUAGCAUGGGAGGGGCCAUGGGAGAGCCCUCCUCUGCUGCAGUCCCAUCAGCAAGCAGGGGGCAGAGCAGAAAUUCCCAUCAAUGGGCAAGAAAAAACGUCCUUCCUCCCCAGGCAGGAAUUUACAGUGGGGCAGUUAUUUCCUCCCUUCCUCCUUCCAAACUCCCCUCCUCUCCCAGCUCCACUCUCCAAACUCCACACCCUGAGCUGGAAGCUCUGUCCAGCCCUGCUGUGGGCUGGAGCCUCCUGCACUGCUCUCUGGGGUCCUAAACCGGUGCCAGGGCAGGAAAGGGUCUCUGUGGCUCUCAUGUACAGCAGCACAGAUCCUCUCCAGUGACACUUUCCCAGCCCUUGCACCACCCUGCCCAGGAGGGCCGAUGUUUUGAGGGGCUCCAGGGGGGCUCCUCGGUGGCGGAUUUCACCUGCCCUGCUUUGGUCAAUGGUGGCUGUGGCCUUGCCGGCAGCUCUGGCACUGUGGCUACCCUGUGUGCUGCACACCCUGCCUCCUGCCACCCACCGAGCCUUGCAGGGGCUCCUUGGGGCUGCCCUGCCCAGCCCGGAUUUGUGCUUCCCGGGACCCCUCGGUGGGAGCAGCUGGGGCAGGGCCGGGAGCCAGCGCGCUCCCAUCUCCAGUGCCAAGAUGGGACACGCUGACACCCAGGGAGCCUCUCAGGGGAUCACCCUGCCACUUAGGGCACUGGCUAAGAUUCCAAUGGAGCCUCUGGGAAUUCCUGGCCAUAGCCUUGCCUUGCUAAGGAGCAACAGCUCAGCCAUUGCCCAUCAGCACAGAGAGUCGCCGGGAGCAUCCUGAUGUUACUCUGCUGCCCUGGGGGGAGCUUUUUGUGGCUGUUCAGCAGCCCACCAAAAAACACCCCUCUCUCCUGAAAUCGGGUGCAGCCACCCCCUCCUCCUGAAAAAUUUGGAUUCCAGCUAAAUGCAGUGUUUCCAUGGCAGAGCUGCUGAGAGGUGUGUGCUCGUGGGAUGGAGCUUGACUCCGGCAGGGAGGAGAGGUGACUGGGAAAGGGGAGAGGCUGUGACUCACUGGUGAAGUAGAAGGAGGAACUGGAGAUACAAAAAUGAAUGGGUAGAAGAAAGGUCCUUUGUUAAACAUCCUGCCUGAUGUGAGGGGGGUGGAAGAAGCGGAGUGUGCCUGUGUGAGUGCGUGUGCCUUGGUGCACGUGUGCAUGUGACUGCUGUGGUGGUGUAGCAGGGCAGGCUGGGGCCUUCUGGCCUCUCUGCACAGCUCUGGGGGUGGGAAAUGCUAAAACAACCAAACGAAAUGGGCAAUCUGGCCAGAAAAAUUAAAAUACAAGAGCAUGGCUUUUGAUUUGAAAGCAUAUCUCCUCCAAUCACAGAGUUAUCACAGGGUAACAUUCUCAUUUACUUUUUUUUUUUUGUGUGUAAAGUUCAUGCAUGCAAUUUUAAUAAUAAAAAUUAAAAUUAAAAUAAAAAAGGAAAAGAAAAAAAAAGCAAGAAAACGAUCAUAUCAAAACUAUGUUAAAGUAGGACUAAUGCUAGAAGCACAUAUCAAUAAUUUAAGGUAAAUUACGUUACAGGGAUGGUGCAAUAAUCCCCAAACCAAACAUUAUAAAGCCAAGAAAUUAAUCAAUAUUAACCAUAGAAGAGACUCAAACAUGUUAAGGUAUGGAAGUGAAGUGAAGGCACCAAAAACUUUAAAUGACAACCAGGAAGAAAAUAUAGACAAGAACUUAAUGUCUUUAAAAAUGACUUCAACCUAACUGGGCUCAUAUGGUAGUCCCUGGCUGGUGGAAGAUUUUCUGGAAGAAUUUUAGUUUGUUGUUGUGGGUUUUUUUCCAUUAAAAAUUAGGAUUCCAGCUAAAUGCGAUCUUGCUGUAGAAAAUAUCAACUUCCCUUUAGGAAAAAAAAAAAAGUUGUCUUUGACCUACUUUUGGUUCUUUUGGGCCAAAAACUAGGCUCUUUCUCAGCCAAGAAGCGUUUGGCUUUGGGACAGCUGAUCCUUCACUGAAAAGGUGACCUUUUCCAGGAAGCCCCUCGGUUGUUGCCCAGCUCGGGCACCAUCCCCACGGCGGGGCGGUGCCGUGGGCCGCGUGUCACUGCUGUGUCACGGGGGCUGGGGCUGGCAGUGUGGCUCUGCGGGGGCUGGCGAUGCGGGGGGCUAAGGGACCUGUGCACCUCGAUCGUGUCUGUACGCAAUGUGCCGGCUCGGAGGUGUCUGUGUGGUUUAUGCGUCUCACAUGGCGUCUGUGGGGUUGCAGUAUCGUGGGUGGCUGCGAUGGAUGGACACGUCAGCUCUGCCAGUGCUACUCGAGUUGCAGGAGCUGCCUAUGGGGAACACAUGCAUCUCCUCCUGGGGCGGUGGGGAUGAUGUGCCGCGGAGAGGCUGUGCAGCUCGGGUGAUGGUGGGCGCUAGGACGUUCAGAGUGGGGUGGAAGCUUCCCAGGGCUGUCUUGGCUCCAUGGUGCCAGCCUGUCUCUCUGGCACUCCUGAGGGACCAUUCUGCAGGGCUGCAGAGCAGAAUCCAUUUUUAAAACUCCCGACAACGGAAAGGAAAGAAGCAAGGCCGCCAGGUCUGCGUCUUUCUCUUGCUAGCCAGGAGAGCCCGCGGGGCUGGGGUCAGCCUGGCCUUCCAGCCCCAAGGGCUCUCCAGCCUUGCCCAUCUAAGACCUGGUGUGGGCCCGCAGCUCUGCUGAGCAUCAUGAAAGAGAGCACCUCGCUGCUUUCUCGUCUUUACAAGGACCCCAGGCAACGUGCCCCAGCAUGCUAUGGACUCAUGGGGCCUUCCAGCAGGAGGGUGUUGGGGUCUCUGAGCCAGGGCUGCUGCAUGGAAGUGGAGGUCACCAAGCACAGGCUGUGACAUGAGCUGGUGGCAGCACCCCGCUCCCGCUGGCUGCUCACCCUGCAGAGCAACCAGCAGGUCUGCCCAACAUCACCACAAAGCUCGCUCCACCACGGACCUCCUGCCAUAGCUGCUAGCCUCCAAGUUGGCCAUGCUGGCUUGGAUGUUCACCCCAUCGGCCUGUUCUUGACCCAGCUAGCCCACUUCCCUGGGGAACGUGUCCUGGGACUCUGUCCAUGGCACCCUGUGGCAGGCAGAGCAUUGUGACGGGCUUCAGAGCAGUGGGGAAUAAUUGACCAUGCAGCUACCCCCAGAGUGGUGACCAUGUUCUGGGAUGGCUGGGGUCAUCUCCCUCCUCAAUUUGCCCAUGAACAAUGUACCAAGAAGAGCAUGACUGGGACCCAGACAUGGUGAGCCCUGUGUUGUGCUGGAUCCCAAGGAAGGGGAGAGAACAGCUCCAUUGCCAAUCCAUGGGACCUGUGGUGCAGAUGGGCACUGGGCCUGGUCAGCUCAGGGCAUUGGGGCAGAGAGGGCUGUGGGCUGGUUGGUGUAGGAUGGUUACCACACCAUGGAGCAGGAUCAGGAUGAUUCCCUGAAGAAGGAGCAAUGUGGGGGUUACCAGGGGUGCCACACACCAGCUGCCCCAUGUUUCCUGGGUUCUCCCCUCUCCUCUUGCUCACCGGUGGCACUGGUUUCCCCAGGUGCCCAGGGCACCAUCAUGUUGCUGCUCUCCCAGGGUAGGACUCCUUGGUUUCCUAAUUGUGGAGUAGUUCAAACACAACAGAACAUGGGGGUCUACUCAGCACAUGCAGAUCUUUCUGCAUAUUUUUCUCCCCUCUAUUUUCUCUGCAUUCUACUUGUCCCUCCUCCUCACUCUUGCACCACCCCCUGCACCACCCACCCCAUCUCUGUCUCCUCUGCCUCGGUCCUGGCUCAGGCCACAAAGACACACCCUGUGAGCUCCCUGCAGAGCUGCCCAGGGGGUGCAGCAGUGGGGAGAGGGGACCCCAGACAUGGGGGCAUUACUGGGACAAGGUGCCACCCCGGGAGCACAGAAGCAGCACAGGAGAUGACAGGGAUGCCCAUCUUCCCUGGGGGUACAGAUGAUGAGUGGGAAGAGUGUGGGUGUUCCCCCCGUGACUUCCAGGCUUCGAGGUGACAGUGAGAGGAGCACUUUGUGUGACAUGGUGGCAAGCGAGCCCGGCCGAGGGCUCAGCUGUCCCCAGGGCCUCGUUCCAGGGGUGCUCCAGGAGCUUCUUGGUAUGGAGCCUGCGCUGGUGUCAAGGGUAGCCUCCUCCAUUUCUCACACACAGCCGUGGCCCCGAGACCCCCUGCGAUACCACAUGCUGUCCCCGAGGCGCCCAAGCCUGCGGCCGGGGACGGGCCACCCCGCCACGGGGGCCACAUCUCCCCGCGUUGCCACCGUCCCCCCGUCCCCGCUGCGCCUCGGGCAGCCUGGCGGGGACCUGCUCUGAUCAACCCCGGCACAAAGCCGCCGGUCGCCCCGGGGAGGUGAUCUUGGCAAGCCCGGCGCGCUAGGAGGUCGGGCAGCAAAACGCAGCGGGCGCUGCCACACGAGACAACAGAGUAGCCACAGUGCAGAGUGUCAUACAACAGACGGCGACAUGCAGAGGGACACGGCUCAGUCCGACAGACCAACAGCCCAACCUGACGCUGAAGUGUCUGAAGCUCCAGCACGAGCAGACACAUUUGCACAUUUGGAAACAGCUGGCUUUAGAGGCAGCAAUUUGGAAAUUUUCUCUGGUUAUGUGAGAGCAGCGGAAAACACAAGUUUGAACCAAGGCUGGGUCUUUAACAACCUCCUCUUUGGAGCCUUUUAGUCUCUUUUCUAGAGCUGCAUUACUGCUGAUGAUAACCAGAGACAGCUGUCACUCCUGUGCGAGGACUAUUCCGAAUGCUAAUUGUCACAAACAAAAAUCACAUGUAGAGAGUGUGACACGCAUGGCUCUUGGUGAGGUGACACAGUGCCCAAAUUAAAUCAGGGUGAUUGUUUUUAGGCAUACAAUGACAAACAGGUACAGGAACACUUAGGAACAGAAAAAAAAAAAGAAAAAAGAAAAAAAGAAAAAAUGUCAUCAGUUUCAAGAGGUCAGCACCGGUAAGGUGAGCGAAGCACAGAGAGGAACAUCAGAAAUCAUCCAGGCAAAAAGAAAACAAAAAAACAAAACAAAAACUCAGUUGCAUCUCCCAACUCAUCACAGGACUCCAAGCCACCUCCUGCCUGCCCUCCAGGAUCCCAGCAUCCUUUCAGGUACACGGGAUGACUGACUCACUGACUGACUGACUGACUGGUGACGAACAUGAGCUAUGCAUGUACACUGGCAGCUUCGGGAUGGGUGUGUGGCAGUCGAUGGGAUG